AUGUCUUUCUAUGAAGUCGUCGUGAGUUUCCAACGACUUUUUAGUUUUUACUCAAGUCGUGUCUUUCGAGCGCAACUGGAAAGUGAUGAAAUCUUGAAAUACACGCAGGUUCUUUGCUUCGACUCUGCUGCACUUCGAUCUCAAACUUUGGUGCAUAGUACAGCGAUCCUGUGUCGCAUCAAGAACAUGGCUGCAGCUGGGAGUUCCAUGCUAUACUCUUUCCUUUUAUUCAUAGCCACUCUUUCUCUACAAGAAAUGUUUAGGGUGAAAUUAGCUUCUUCAGAGUUAUUCACUAUUCUUGGAGGAUUCACGAGCUCCCUCAUCUUCCUUAUGCUACUGACGGUAAGAGAAUAUUGGUCCGCUUAA